CUCUUUUUCUCUGUCUUCGUUUUAUUCUUUUCCUUCUUUUCUUUCUUUCUCUUUUCUUCUGUUUCCUUCGUUCAGUUUGGAGAGUUGACGAUGGCGGUGGCACGCGCCUCCGUGUUAUUCGAUGUCUUGGAGACGGCGAAGGUGUCUGAGGAGCGGUGCAGCACGUCGUCGUCAUCUUCGUCGUCGAUCGGUAGGAACAGCGAUGUGUCGUCGGAGAGAUCAAUGGUGGAUGAUGAAAGUGCAGAAAACGAGGCUCAGAGUGCCUACAAUGGACCCUUGCACGCCAUGGAAACCUUGGAAGAGGUUCUUCCCAUCAGGAGAGGCAUCUCCAAUUUCUAUAAUGGCAAGUCUAAGUCCUUCACGAGCUUGCUUGAUGCUGCUUCUUCCCCAACCGUGAAAGACAUUGCAAAACCAGAGAAUGCUUACAAUAGGAGGCGUAGGAAUUUGAUGGCUUUCAAUCAUGUUUGGGACAAGAAUCGAAAUUACCCUUUAAGAAGCAAUGGUGGUGGCAUUUCUAAGAGAACAUUAAGCUUAAGUAGAAGUUCACUUGCUCUUGCAAUUGCCAUGAACAACUCUGACAGCAGCAGUAGUAUUACGAGCGAAGAAUCUUCUUCCACCUCAAAUUCGUCAUCACCACUUCUUCCACCACUUCAUCCUCGACAUAGAGUGUCUCCUUCUGGUACAGCUCCAUCCUCUCCUUUGCAGCGGAAUUUCUCUCCCUGGAGAUCAUUUUCCUUGGUUGAUCUACAGCAAUGUGCCGUUGCUGCAACAAUCAAGAUGUCAAGCUCCUCCAUUGGAAAUGAAACAGCUCAUGGAUCAUAGUAAACAAACCUGAUAACUCGAAACUAUGUUAUGAACGUUUAACUCAUUUGAAUGAAUAUAUUGCUCUAGUACUAUUUGUAGAAGAAACCAUAGAUGAGUCUUUGCCU